CAGGCGGCGCUGGACAGAGGCUACACGGUCCAGGGGGAGAUGUUCUCAGCGGCGGACAUGGCGAAGCUGGCGGCGGAGGUGUUCCCGUGCCGGGCGGAGCUGCUCACGGGAGGCCUGGAGGGAGCCAACCGGGACAGGAUCCUUCGCCACCUUGCUGCUGGCUGCCCCGUGUUGGUGCCCUACGAUGAGGACUCUAACCACGAGCCCUGCCGCCGGCGUGGAUACAAAGCCCACUGGGCCGUCGUCUCGGGAGCCCUUCUGGGUCUGAGGCCCGACGCGCCGAGCCCGCCCUGCCGCGAGGACGAGGAGAUCCCAGGGCUCUUCCACCCCCGGGGGCCGGGGCCCCUGCCGGCGGGCGUGGAGGAGACCUACCUGCUGGCCAAGCAGGGCAAGAGCUGGCGCUACCAGCUGUGGGGCUACGGGCAGCUGCAGGAGAGCAACGCUCAGCUGACAGACUUCAGCCCCCGGCGGGCGGGCGACGGCAAGGUCUACAUCGUGCCCGCGGGCGGCCUGCAGGAGGGGCUGUGCGGCCAGGCCGUGCUGCUGCACCCCGGGCCCUGACGCCAGGUCAGCAGGGACGUGCCCAGCCCCGGAUAGGGCCAAGGGGACGCCUGGGUUCCCCACUUUGAGCUCCAGGAGGUGAGGAGGGAUCCCGGCCUCCUAUAUCCGGCGCUCUGAGGCAGGAGCCACGCUGCCCCGCCAGGCAGGGAAGGGCACCUGGGGACCGGCCCAUGCUUCCCCGGGGAGGGACGGGAAUGCCAGCCUACACCUGCUCUGCUGCGGAAAGACCUGCGGCCAGAUCUGUGGCUCCAGGAUUGGGCUCGGAAGUCAGCUCAAGACCCGUCUACGAGCCGCGGUAUACCCAGGGACUGCCGGCACCCCGUUUAUCCUAAUAAACGCGCUACUUACCUUCUGCCUUGCCCACGGCUCUCACGCUCCAGGGUCACACCGCGGCUUCAUUCAGUCGAGCGCCCUUCC